AUGUGUUUUCCUUCCAUUCAGAUCAAUGAUGGCAUAUUGUCCAAAGUGCAAUUAUUACGCUUGGCAAAGGACGUUGUUGAAGGAAUGAAUUAUUUGUCCGAUAUAAAUUUUAUUCACAGGGACUUGGCUGCACGAAAUGUCCUGUUGAACAAUGACAUGGUUUGCAAAAUAUCAGAUUUUGGUCUUUCGCGAGAAAUGGAAUCCCACUCUUCGGGAGAGUACGAAACAAGUGGAGGAAAGAUACCUCUUCGUUGGACGGCUCCUGAAGCAAUCAGAUAUCGUAAGUUUACGACGGCAAGCGACGUUUGGAGCUAUGGAAUUUUACUUUGGGAGAUUAUGUCAUUUGGUCAGAGGCCUUAUUGGGAAUGGGACAACUUUAAAGUCAUGGAAGAAGUAAAUGGAGGAUAUCGUUUGCCCCCACCACCACAAUGUCCUAACGGUGUACACGGUCUUAUGCUUCGUUGCUGGAAUGAAGAGCGAGCAGAAAGACCAACUUUUGCUCAAAUAAAUAUUGUCAUAGAUAGAUGGUUGCGUUCCCCAGAUACGUUAGAUAAUGACGUUGACUUCUUCGUUACGAUUGGCGAAUGGCUGGAAUCGAUCAAGAUGGGAAAAUACCAGGCUAUGUUUAUUGAGGCUGGAUAUAGUAAACAGUCAGAUAUUCUUGACUUCAAAGAGCAAGAUUUGCAACAGCUUGGUAUCACGUUGAUUGGACAUCGUAAUAAAAUUUUAAAAGGUAUUGAAACAUUACGAAUGAGGAAAAGUAGACAAGAGUUAGCAUUACUUCCUAAAACGACUUCUGUCAUUUGA